GAGCAGCGAGGAACAACAGCGCGUCCAACAACCUCAUCAACGAGAGCAUUCCUCGUCUAACUCUUCAGCGACUGGCGAUCGACGCCCACUGCUUCGCUGCUUCUUCUGCGGCCGCUUUGGACAUGUUGAGCGUGAGUGUCGUCGGAAACAGGAUCUCUGUUUUUCUUGUGGCCGCCCUGGGCAUUAUAUGCGCGAUUGUAACGUGCCCCGUUCGCGUCAGAGAUCGCAGAGUGCCCCUCGCUCCCGUCAUAGAUCUCCAGUGGAGAAUCAGAGAGCGAGUUCAGGCCCGAGUCAGCAAGUGCCAUCUCCGGACCCCCCUGGGGGGAGAAGGUCAGGGUAUGGUCGAGGGACCCGAAGACGGCGCAGAAAUGGGUCAGAGAGACACAGGGAUGGUUCCCGUUCAACUGGUUCACGUGUUCGUGAUGAUCGUUCGCCUUCUCCGGGAAACUAGCGGGUCCCACGUCUCCAUCAGGGCAGGACGUGGUGACCGACUCGAGCCCUGUCUCCACCGAGUCUGUUGUGUCUGGCCGUUCAUCAGGAGCACCUGUGUCGACCGGCUCAGAGCUGGAUUCGGUGUUUGCGUCCGCUCUUGAGCCGGAGCACCUCCUUCGUUCCCGUGCCAUAGUUUCAGGGCGAUCAGCUGAUGUCAUCAUUGACUCCGGCUCCUCACGGACUCUCGUCGCCAGUCAUGUUGUAUCUGAUGGUGUCUUGCUUGCCAGAAGUGCUGCUCGGGUGCGUGCCAUUGGGGGUUGUGUCGUUGAGCCACUGGGAAUUGCGACAGUCGACCUGAAUCUGCAUGGAGUGCACCUGGAGCUGACCGACUGUCUGGUGUUGUCUGACGCGGAGUCGCCCACAGAUGUCAUUGUUGGCCGUGACACGCUGGAGCGGCUGGGCUUGUGUGUGGACGUCGCCCGAAGAUCGGUUUCUGGACGCAAUUCUGAUGGUUCCCAUUGGACGGUUUACAUGCCAUUGAACCUCCAGCAGCCUGAGUGUAUGAUUUUUGUUGCUGACAUUCCUUGCCGAGCAGCAGAAGAUGUUGAUAUCGCCCCAGGGUGCUCAGUUGCUGUGCCCUACACCGUUCCCGAGCAGCCGCGCUGUUCAGAGUGUACGAUCAGCCAGCGUCAUCUUCUGUUUGAAGCACAGCCUGGUCUUGAUGUCAGUCUUGUUCCUGGACUGGCGUGUGACAGUCAGCCCCGAGUUCUCGCCUGCAACCGUGGUCGGAUGGCUGUCCGUAUUCGCCGUGGUGAGGUUGUGGGUUACCUUGCUACUGCUGCAGACGCCAGCAAGGACUUGGAGCAGCCAUGUGACGUGUUCUCAGUGAGUGAAGAGGAGAGCUGUGACGUGACGCUGUCAUCAACAGAGGUUCCGGGACUGACGGUGUCGCAGCGCGCUGCUGUAGACGAUCUAUUUCAGCGUCACGCAGCAGUAUUCAGCAGUUCUGCUUCUGAUCCACUGCGCACGUCCCUGACUGCACACAGGAUCGUCUUGAAGGACGACACGCCGGUUUACGUACCGCCCAGGAGGAUGUCGCCGCCAGCAGCAGAGGAAAUCGAGCGCCAGUGCCUGGAUCUGGAGCGUCUGGGCAUCAUAGAGAGAUGCGACUCUGCGUGGUCGGCGCCCGUUGUGCCAGUACGAAAGAAGGACGGAUCUCUACGGCUAUGUAUUGACUACCGUCGACUCAACAAGCAGACGGUGGCCACCCGCUUCCCGAUGGCCGACGUCACGGACUCAGUGUACAGCGCCCACGGCAUGAAGUUCUUCACCACGCUGGACCUGGCCAAGGGCUACUACCAAGUGCCCUUGGAGGAGUCAUCAAAGGACUACACCGCCUUCUCGACAGCACGGCAGCACUGGAGGUUCCGCAGGUUACCGUUCGGCUUGAAGAAUGCUCCAGCAGCAUUCCAGCGAGAGAUGCAGACGGUGCUGCAGGGGUUCUCCAGGCGAAACCUCGUCAUCUACUUGGACGACCUGCUCCUGAUGGAGAAGAACUUUGAGAAGCAUCUUCAGCUCGUGGACGACGUGCUCCUGGCACUCGAGUCGCAGGGCAUCAAGCUGAAUGCCAAGAAGUGUGUCUGGUUCCAGCCAGAAGUACCCUUCCUCGGCCACGUCAUCAGUGAGCGAGGUCUGCGUAGAUCACCAGAAUACAUCAAGAAGGUGCGCAGUCUGCCACGCCCUCAGACCGUGAAGCAGCUCCGACAGUUCCUGGGGGUGAUCAACUUCCAGAGGAAGUUCGUGCGCCACUGUUCCAGCAUCAGCAAGCCCCUGACGGACCUGACAGGCCAGCCAGGCCCCACAGUCAUUACGUGGACGGACCAGAUGACUGACGCCUUCGAGAAACUGAAGCAGGUAAUGGAGGAGGAAGUCACGCUGGCCUUCCCCGACUACACAGAGGACGCGCAGCCUCUCACUCUUUGGACAGACGCGUCUCAGGUUGGGGCGGGGGCCUGUCUGACUCAGGAACAAGACGGAGAAACUCGUCACAUCGGGUUUGCCUCAAUGACCUUCUCUCGCUCACAGCAGAAUUACUCAGUCACCGAACUGGAACUCGCAGCUCUCCGUUGGGGUGUCGUCAAGGCCUUCAAGCCAUUCCUCGGUGGCGUGUCAUUUAGAGUCUGCACGGAUCACCAGGCACUGGUGUACAUGCACAGCAUGCAUCUUGUCAACAGUCGGAUCGCCAGGACGAUGGAGGAGCUCUCGGAGUUCGACUUCACGAUCUGCUAUGUGCCAGGGUCAUCCAACAUCGCCGCAGAUAUGUUCUCUCGUGCUCACCCACUGCCGACGGAGCUCCCGGCUGUCUGUCGCCAGUUGCCAGUUGGUCUGGAUCUGUACUACAGAGCUGAGGGAGGAGGUGAUGCACUGAUCGACUGCCUGUGCCACUGGAUGGAGGAGAAUGACCGCCGGCCUGCACAGAACCACCUGCUCCGAGAACUGCUGGUGGGCGAAGUGAUGAAAGCACCGGGCAGGUUCAAGAUGAAGUUGGAUCGACGCGCACGACAAACACUCAAAAGCAUGAAGGUCCCAGGUCAGCCGUUGUCUGUUGAGAUGGUGGCGGUGUUCGCUACUCUGAUGAGGGUACGGGUCAUCGUCCACUUCGGUGGCCAUCAUCCCAUGAUCUUCACCGGUCCAGACGGGGAGGAAGUGGCUGGUCAAGCUCUUCAUCUCCAGUGUCUGGGAGGAGUCCACUUCAACUUGCUGAAGGAGAACAAGAACUUCCAGACACAGAACACCGUCCUCGUGGCUCACAUCCAAGAACAGGUGAGAUCACAAAUGAUGUGUAGAGUCAAACUGCCAGAACGUGUCACAAUGUGUGCGACUGAAGAGGGUGGUUCGCCUGAGGACGGUCUGCUUGUACACCCUCUCUGUGAUCAUCAGUCCAGCGCUUCAUGCGCUGCGACCGUAUACGUGAAUGACAGACCAGUCUGUGCCCUUCUCGACAGCGGAGCAGCUGUGUCCAUGGUCAGCCGCGCAGCGUUGGAGCUGAUCGGCACCAGGGAGGCGGAUGUGAUUCCCAGCGCUGUAUCAGUUCGAGGCAUCGGAGGACUCACCAACUGCACCGGCUAUCUCGAAGCAGACGUGGCCUUACCUGGGGACGGGGACCCACAAACGGUACGUCUGCUGAUUGAUUCAGAUAACUCGUUCGGCCACUGUGUGUUGCUGGGUGCAAACUUCCUUACGUCUGCUUGUGUCGAGUUGGAUUUUGGAAGGCGGCUGAUAAGCAGUGUUUAUGGGGAGCACGCCAUGAGCGGUCACUGUGCUUUCAAGAACACUGCAACCGGUCUGACUCUGGUGACGUCCUCGCAGGAAUGCAGUGACGCUGAAGACGUUCUUCUGCCUGACAGCCGAGAGCGAAUCCCAGACAUCGCCUCUGUCCGAGAACACCAACACCAGGAUCGUCUUCUUCAUGAGCUCACUAGCCAUGUUCGGCAGAAGCUGACAGAACAAGAAUUGCCCAGAGAACUGGAACAUUUCGAUCACUUCUCCAAGUGGGCGGUGGCGGUACCAGUAAGGAGGAAGACGUCUGCUGCGGUUGCAGUCGCCCUGGAACAGCGAGUCCUGCCAGUUCUUCUGCGCAGGCCUGCGCGACUUCUGACGGACAAUGGUGGCGAGUUCGUGGGUCCGGAGCUUCAAGAGGUGCUGAGGAGGUGGGGGAUCCAGCAGACAUUCUCUACACCCUACAGACCGCAGGGCAACGGAGCUGUCGAGCGGCUGAACCGCACCCUGAGUCAGGAGCUUCGCAUGUUGUCUGCCGACAAGCCUGGAGACUGGGACCUACAUCUUCCGAAGGCCAUGGCGACCUACAACGGGACCAGCCACUCUCAGCUUGGUGACUCUCCAGCAGAUUUUCUGCUGAAGCAGAAGCACGGUGGCGUCAGCGUUCCGCUGGUAUCGGUGGAGCGACAGAGCUGCUGGCGGCCUGGAAACCCGAGCUUCGCGCCAUUCGAAGUGGGCCAGCUGGUUAAGCGGGAAACGCAGCGACCUGGUAACCUGCUGACUGGCAAGUUCGAGCAGCGAUUCGACGGUCCCUUCAAGGUGAAGUCUCGGAACAGCAAUGACGUCACCUACACUCUGGAGAGGGACACCGGAGCCGAGCUGAGGGCGCAUCACACGCAGCUUCGCCCGUGGAUAACUGCACCGUCCUACCUGCGCCGGCUCGAGGAGGUGCGAGAAGAUGGAGAGGGCAGAGGCUGCAGCAUGCACCCUCCUCUACCGGCCGGUGGGGUGCUGACUUCUGUUGGCUCAGCGGGCGAGCGGCGUCUUCCAGGCAUCUUGAAGAACACUCGUCGGGCCCAGGAUCGGUCCCAGCAAACGACGCCUCCUCGUGUGAGCAGCAGUGCCCAACAGACGACGCCUCCUCCUCGUGUGAGCAGCAGUGCCCAACAGACGACGCCUCCUCCCAAGAACGACGGCGCUCAGCUGGCUGUCUCCCGCCCACCGGCUAGCGCUCCUCAACAGAGGACUCGCGCGACCUCAGCGGCUAAGCGGACUGUGAGGUUUGAUGACGUGGGCCGGGAGAUACCCAGGCGGUCGGGCCGUGUCAGAGAAGCGCCAGAUAGGUGGGGCUAUAGUUAGAAUGUCGUGUGUGAUUCUUCUUGUUUUUGUUUUGUUGUUUUUCUUGUGCUGCCGGCAGUAGCCGACCCAGCUGAUCCAGCUGCUGCUGCCUCCCUCUGACGUGCUCUUCGACUGGUUGUCGAGCACGCGCCUGUUGGUUUCUCCGCGUGCGCGGUGGACGUGACGCGUCACCCCACCGUAUAAUCGAUGAAGCAGACGACCGCCUUCAUCGUCACGGUGGCCGAGCUCGUCCUCAAGUUGUGUUGUGUUUUGGUAUAUGGCAUAGGCGUUUUGUAUCAGCGUGAGCGUAAUGACGUGUUGGAAGAGGUUAUGUGAAUUGGCGCUGUUAUACUGUUAUAACGGUGAUUCUUGUGUUUUGGUCAUAGCGGUGAUCCUUGUGUUUUGAUGUGGGCGAGAUGCUAAAGGGGGGAGAUGUGGACGUGUGGUAUUGGAAUUUGCAUCUCGCUUGUGUGCUCGGGUGGCCGGCCGCGAGCUGGCGGCGCCUCGGCUCGCCGGGCGGCCGGCCUGCCCUGGGGCGGUGCGGGCCGCUCGGCGGGUCGGGCGGCGGGCGGCGCGGGGAGUCGGUUGCGGGGCUCGGUGGAAGGUGGACGGUGAAUACAGGCGUGGAACGGCUACAUGUUUUGACGG